AUGAAUGGUCCAUUUGCAGGGGUCGCAGGGGCUCUCAUCUUCGAGUCGAUGGUAGUCAUCCACAACAUGUACGCGGAUUAUCACACUACUCUUUUCAAUGUCGCCUCGACUGUCUGUAUGAGCUUGGGUGAACUGAUAGACAACUUUGCGCCGAUAGAAGAGGAAGACGACACUAUGCUCCUGCUCCUCAUCGAUCUCAUCACCCUCGGAACCUUGUCAGCUGCUGGGCCCUUUUUCAACAACGUUCUCAAGAACACGCCCUAUUUCGUUGAGAAGGGUGGUUCUGCAUUCGACAACGCGAAGGAUACUGUCAAGCAAUAG